AUGAAUCUGAACAGUCCGGCUGGUCGAUCGAUACUUGGUGGAGAUACACCAGCACAUGGUGGACCUGGCUCGAUUUUGGGUGAGAUUUUGAAAAAUUGGAGUAAAUUUUUAAGAAACAACAAAAAAUUAUUAGACUCCGAUUUUUGAUAUUUUUUCAAUAUAUUUUCGACUGAAAAUUAAACAAUUCAUUUUCAAAAAUGAAUCUUUCAAUUUUUUGGAUUUCUAGUAAAAGUUACUCGCCGAUCGAAUAUUUGUAUUUGAAAAAUUAUAUAUUCAAAAUUUGAAACAGUAGAUUUUUGAGAUUGGAUAAUUAUUUCAUAAUGUAAAAUUUUCAAAAAUAGGGUUUUUUAAAUGAUAUUCUAAAAAUUUUAUUCAAAAAAUGUUUAGCCAAUUUUUGUUGCAGGUGGUCCCUCUUCAAUUAUGAAUCAUGGCCCAGGCUCAGUCAUCGGCCCAAAUUCAAUAAUGGGCCCAAAUAGUUUGAUAAAUCCCGGUUCAUUGGCUCACCCACUUCAAUCUCAACAAAUGCACAGUAUUCAAAGUUCAUCAAUUCAAAUGGGCUCAAAUUUGGCGAGUAAUUUGAAUAUAAAUCCAGCAUCAGUUGGUGUGAAUCCAGGAAGUGUUUUACAUGAUAUGAAUCCAGCUUCAGUUGCAUAUCAAAGUUUGGCGAUUCCAAUGACACCAUUAAUGGCUGCACAUAAUCAUGAUCAAUUUCGAGAUCAUCUUUCACAUCCACAAAGUAAUAUUCCAACAACAAUAAUGCCACAAACACCAUCUGGACAAUUGGAUAUUCCAAUGCCAACAUUACAAAAUAUUGUAUCAACAGUUAAUUUAGGUGUUCAAUUGGAUUUGAAAAAUAUUGCACUUCACGCAAGAAAUGCCGAAUAUAAUCCAAAACGUUUUGCUGCUGUUAUUAUGAGGAUUCGUGAGCCAAGAACAACGGCUUUGAUAUUUUCGAGUGGAAAAAUGGUUUGUACUGGAGCAAAAUCAGAAGAUGCAAGUAGAUUGGCUGCUAGAAAAUAUGCAAGAAUUGUGCAAAAACUUGGAUUUGCGGCGAAAUUCACCGAAUUCACAGUUCAAAAUAUGGUUGGAUCAUGUGAUGUGAGAUUUCCGAUUCAAUUAGAGGGACUUUGUAUAACUCACGCGCAAUUCUCAACUUAUGAACCUGAAUUGUUUCCUGGAUUGAUUUAUCGAAUGGUUAAACCCAGAGUUGUUUUGUUGAUUUUUGUUUCUGGAAAGGUGAGCAUUUUGGGUUUUGUUACGAAAAAGAUAGAAUUACUGUUUCCGAAAUAUUUUUAUUCGCAACAAGAACAUUUUGAAACAGUGAAAAAUUGAAGUUUUUCUAACAAUUAAUAUUUAUUUCAUUCCCAAACUUUCCAAAUCCUUAUUAAUUUCUGCAGGUUGUAAUAACUGGUGCCAAAACGAAGAAAGAUAUCGAUGAUGCUUUCAGUCAAAUCUAUCCAAUUCUUAAAGGAUUCAAAAAAUAA